CUUGGCCAUGUGGUGGCUCCUGGCCGCCCUGUCCCAGCUGGACCCGGCGGCCGGCGCGAACUUGACCGUCGCGGUGGUGCUGCCGGAGCACAACACGACGUACCCCUGGGCCCGGCCCCGCGUGGGCCCCGCCAUCGACCUGGCCAUCCGGAAGAUUAACGCCCGGCCGGACCUCCUGCCGGGCUACACCGUGCGGCAGGUCUUCCGCACCAGCGAGGACCGCAACGGCAUCUGCUCCGACACCGUGGCUCCGGUGUCGGCCGUGGACCUGAAGAUGCUCUACAGCCCGGACGUCUUCCUCGGGCCCGGGUGUGCCUACACCGCCGCCCCCGUGGCCCGCUUCACUGGGCACUGGGGGCUGCCGCUGGUGACCGCCGCUGCGGAGGCUGUGGCCUUCAACGACAAGCAGGGGGAAUACGCCCUGACCACCCGCGCCGGGCCGAGCCACAGCAAGCUGGGCGGCUUCGGCGUCCAGCUCCACCAGCGCUUCAACUGGACCACUCAGGCGCUGCUGCUCUUCUGGGAUGAGGACAGGGACGAGCGCACAUGUUACUUCUCCCUCGAGGGUCUCUACGUGGCUCUGUUUACGUUCAACAACAUGACUAUCGAGGCCGUGCCCUUCUCCGAGACCAACUACACCGCCCUGAUCCAGAUCAUCAAGGAGAAGGGCCGAAUCAUCUACAUCUGCUGCGCCUCCAGCAUCUUCCGAGAGCUCAUGCUUCACGCGCACCGCGAGGGCCUCACGGCAGGCGACUACGUCUUCUUCUACAUCGACCUCUUUGGGGAGGUCUUGCAGAGCCCCCACUUGCCUGACCGCCAGCUCCCGUGGCAACGCCAGGACGAGAACGACCACGUGGCCCGUGAGGCGUACAAGGCGGUGAUGAUCGUCACCUACGCGGAGCCCACAAACCCCGAGUACCGGCCGUUCAUCCAGGAGAUCAAGCAAAUGGCUCAGGAACGGUACAACUUCACCAUGGGAGACGAUCUGAAGAACUACAUCUCUGCCUCUUUCCACGACGGCGUGAUGCUCUAUGCCUAUGCUGUGAAUGAGACACUGGAGGGGGGUGCCAUCGCCAAUGCCACGGUCGUCACCCGCCAGAUGCAGAAUCGCACUUUCUACGGAGUCACGGGGAUGCUGAAGAUUGACCACAAUGGAGACCGGGAAACCGACUACUCGCUGUGGGACAUGGACCCUGCAUCCGGGGAGUUUCAGAUUGUCGCCAAUUACAACGGGACCACCAAGAAGAUCAAAAUCGUCCCUGGAAAGGACAUUGACUGGCCAGGGAAUACCAUCCCAAGAGACGUGCCAUUCUGCGGCUUUGAGAACAGCAACCCGAUCUGCCAUAAAGCCUCCUUCUCCUUGCUGGAGAUCUUGUCUCUCGCAAUGACCUUGGUCCUGUCCAUCGUCAUCAUUGCAGCCUUCUUUGUGUACAGGAAAAUGAAGUUGGAAAAGGAGCUGGCAUCAGAGCUCUGGCGCAUCCGCUGGGAAGACGUGCAGUCGAGCAAUCUGGAGAAGAAUUUGCGCAGCAUGGGCAGCAAACUCACGCUCUCCCUGAGAGGAUCCAAUUAUGGAUCCCUGCUCACCACAGAGGGACAAUUCCAGGUUUAUGCCAAGACAGCGUAUUUCAAGGGCAACAUUGUGGCCAUGAAAUAUGUGAACAGGAAGCGCAUCGACCUGACACGCACCAUCCUCUUUGAGCUGAAACAUAUGCGAGAUGUUCAGAACAAGCACCUGACGCGUUUCAUCGGCGCCUGCAUCGAUCCCCCGAACAUAUGCAUCCUGACCGAGUACUGCACUCGUGGGAGCCUCCAGGAUAUCCUGGAGAAUGACAGCAUUACCCUGGACUGGAUGUUCCGCUAUUCGCUCACCAACGACAUUGUUAAGGGGAUGCUCUUCCUUCACAACAGCGUGAUCAGCUACCACGGCAACCUGAAGUCCUCCAACUGCGUGGUGGACAGCCGCUUUGUGCUGAAGAUCACGGACUACGGGCUGGAGACCUUCCGCCAGGCGCCCGAGACCGACGACUCGCACGCGCUCUUUGCCAAGAAACUGUGGACGGCCCCCGAGUUGCUCCGUGCAGAGACGGCCUCCUCCCCACUGGGCACCCAGAAAGGCGACGUCUACAGCUUCGGAAUCAUCCUGCAAGAAAUCGCUCUGCGCAACGGUGUCUUCUACAUGGAGGGAACGGACCUGAGCCCCAAGGAAAUCAUCGAGCGCGUGAAGAAUGGCGAGCAGCCGCCCUUCCGCCCCUCGGUCAACCUGCCGUCCAGCCUUGAGGAAGUGGUGCUCCUCAUGCAGCGCUGCUGGGCUGAAGACCCCCAGGAGCGCCCCGACUUCCAGCACAUCAAAGGCAUGCUGCGGAAGUUCAACAGGGAGAACAGCUGCAACCUCUUGGACACGCUGCUGUCGCGCAUGGAGCAGUACGCCAACAACCUGGAGGAGCUGGUGGAAGAGCGCACCCAAGCCUACCUGGAGGAGAAGCGCAAAGCGGAGGCCCUGCUCUACCAGAUCCUGCCCCACUCGGUGGCGGAGCAGCUGAAGCGAGGGGAGACGGUGCAGGCGGAGGCCUUCGACAGCGUCACCAUCUACUUCAGCGACAUCGUGGGCUUCACAGCGCUGUCGGCAGAGAGCACCCCCAUGCAGGUGGUGGCCCUGCUGAAUGACUUGUACACCUGCUUUGAUGCCAUCAUUGAUAACUUUGACGUCUACAAGGUGGAGACCAUCGGCGACGCGUACAUGGUGGUGUCCGGCCUGCCGGUUCGCAACGGCCGCCUGCAUGCCCGGGAAGUGUCCCGCAUGUCGCUGGCACUUCUCGAGGCCGUCCGGAACUUCAAGAUCCGCCACCGGCCUGAGCAGCAGCUGAAGCUGCGCAUUGGGAUCCACAGUGGUCCGGUCUGUGCCGGGGUUGUGGGCCUGAAGAUGCCGCGUUAUUGCCUCUUUGGGGACACGGUCAACACAGCCUCACGCAUGGAGUCCAACGGGGAAGCCCUGAAGAUCCACCUGUCCGCAGCCACCAAAUCCAUCCUGGAGGAGUUUGGGUGCUUUGACCUGGAACUCCGUGGGGAUGUGGACAUGAAGGGCAAAGGGAAACUCCGGACGUACUGGCUGCUGGGGGAACGAGUCAGCAGCACCCGGGGCUGAUGGGCUGCGGUGCUCCUACAGGACAUGAGGACACCCCAUCCUCUUGGUUUCCUAAGACUCCUCGUGGACCAAAGAGACUUGGCCGGGGGUCGGGGGGAUCCCGGACUGAGCCCCCAGGACCCCUAUGCCCUGGCCCUGUGUCUGCACUGUGGGCCUUUCGAGCGCGAGUCUCCCGCACCGUCUGGCCUGGGUCGCACCCUGAGCUCCAGAGACUGGGCAGGAUGCAGCUGGCCGGGGGCAAACGUAACGCCAGCUACUUUCUUCUGCGGCUCCUUGGUCUGUGUCACGCAGGCCCUGUUGUACACGACCAGCAGAAAACAUCGGCCACUUCGUGGUCAGAAGUUCGUAGCCCUGGCCCGAGAGAUGAUCACACAUGCCAUGGACCACCUUCUUGUCUCUCCAAAGGUUGAAUGUCAGAAACAUUUAGAAUGAACUUGGCAUCACGGUUAGGUCUGGGGUGGGACGGGGAGAGGAGAAAGCAUUGACUAGCACCUAAAUUGUCACUUGCACACGCCCUGAUCGUUUCAGGAAGCUUCAGCUUUUGUAAUAAAACGCAAACGUAUCGCCCUUUA